CUCGUCGAUCAUCUUCCCAACCCAAGCAGCAUAUUAUCAAUAGAAUUGUACAAGCUAAGGCAGCUAGCUGAGAGCAAUACUAGUUCAAGCUAGCUACCCCUAAUACUAAUUUAUAAUCGAAAUCACUGCCCGAUCAUCAUCAUCAUCAUCGUCGUCGUCGAUAAUACUAUACUAUACUAUAAACCAGCCAUCCUGACAUUUGUUGGCAUGAUGAGUAGUACUAGUAGUAGCAGCAGCAGCUCGAUUGUGAUUGUCGUACUAGUAGCAGCAGCAUUAAUCAAUGCAGCUGCCAUGCUGGGGAGUGUUGCUGCAGCUGCUCCAUCGGCGUCGGCAUUCGUGAGGAGGAGGGGGUCCCAAUUCGAGCUGCAUGGCUCCCCGUUCCUGUUCAACGGGUUCAACGCGUACUGGAUGAUGCACCUGGCCUCCUCCGACCCCGCCCAGCGUCACAAAGUGUCGGAGGUGUUCCGGGAGGCCUCGGCGGCGGGGCUGACGGUGUGCAGGACGUGGGCCUUCAACGACGGGGGAGCCGACGCCCCGGCCCUCCAGAUCUCGCCGGGCACCUACGACCAGAGGGUGUUUGAGGGCCUGGACUUCGUGGUCUCGGAGGCCUCCAGGUACGGCCUCCGCCUCAUACUCGCCUUCGUCAACAACUACAAGGAUUUCGGGGGGAGGCCGCAGUACGCGCAGUGGGCCAGGGACGCCGGCGCGCGCGACGCCACCUCCGACGACGCCUUCUACACGCACCCCCUCAUCAGGCGCUACUACAAGGACCACGUCAGGACCGUAAUUACCAGGGUGAACACCAUUACCAGAGUGGCCUACCGGGACGACCCAACCAUCAUGGCAUGGGAGCUUAUUAAUGAGCCCCGCUGCGAAUCUGAUUACUCGGGGAGAACCGUCAAUGGCUGGGUUGCCGAAAUGGCGGCUUACGUGAAGUCGCUGGACGGGAAGCACCUGGUGGAGAUAGGGAUGGAAGGGUUCUACGGGGAGACGAUGCCGGAGAGGAAGCAGCAGGUGAACCCGGGGUACGAGGUGGGCACGGACUUCAUCCGCAGCAAUCUCAUCGGGGAGGUGGACUUCGCGACGAUACACGCGUACCCGGACAUCUGGGAGUCCGGGAAGAGCGACGGGGAGCAGGCGGGGUUCAUGGAGCGCUGGCUGUGGGCCCACUGGGACGACGCCGCCAAGAUCCUGCGCAAGCCCCUGGUGGUGGCGGAGUUCGGCAAGUCCAGCAAGGACCCGGGCUUCAGCCUCGCCGCGCGGGACGCCUACAUGGGGACGGUGUACAGGGACGUGUACCGCUACGCCAGGAUGGGCGGCAACGUCAUGGGCGGGAGCCUGGUGUGGCAGCUCAUGGCGGAGGGCAUGGACGCCUACCACGACGGCUACGAGAUCGUCCUCUCCCAGUCCCCCUCCACCGCCGGGAUUAUGUCCCGGCAGUCGCACGCCAUGGCCGCCCUCGCCCGCCUGCAGCAGCGGACCACCUCCGCAGCCAACUCCACCGCUGCUUCUGCUUCUGCUUCCGCUGCAGCAUCAUCCGUCCACCACCAACACCACAUAUAAUCACCAUCACAUCCCAUCCCAUCCUAGGAAUAUCCCAUCCCAUCCUAUCCUAUACCAUCCACCCACUUAAAUUAAUUUAUUGAUGCAUAUUAUUAUUAUCGUCGUAAGUUUGUUGAUGUUGUUGUUGUUGAAUUACUUAAUUACUUUCAUAUGUUGCUUCUUUGUAUCUGUAGUACCGCACCACUACUCCUCUAGCUGGGGAUCAACGGGCCGUUCAGCCUCAGCUUCGUUAUCAAUGUAUCACUACUAAAUAUUAUUCAAGUUAUAAUA